AUGGUGCUGCUCAGCCCCCCAAUCAAGGGAUUGAGGAGGCUUCUUUCGGUCUGUGAGCAUUAUAGUAAUGCACAUGGACUGAAAUAUAGUGUUUCCAAGACCGAGAUGAUGGUAUUCGCGUCGGGUUCUGGGCCGGACAGCGUACCUGCGGUGUAUUUAAAUGGGUCCAAAAUCAACGUUGUUAAGCAGUUCAAGUAUUUAGGACAUUUGUUGACGGAAUGGCUGCGGGACGACGAUGAUAUUGAGCGCGAGCGGAGGGCUCUCGCCGUCAGAGGCAACAUGCUCGCUCGACGGUUUUCUAAGUGCAGCAAGGAUGUAAAAACCACUCAAGGCGUACUGCUUAGGCAUGUACACCUCCCAGUUGUGGAUAACGUUCACGCAGAAGGCAAUCAGAAUUAG